AAGCAAGCAUUUAACUGAAUGAAAUCGAUUCAUUCAGGUUUUUUUGUUGUGAUUAGCUGUGAUUGGCCACGGCUAAUCACAUGGCACAGAUUGGCUGUGAUUGGCCCAGCCUGUGCAUGUGAUCACUGUGACCAUUCACUGCUAGACACACUUGUUUACAAUGGAUGGCAUGCAAGGAAGUCAUCCAUUGUAUACAACUGUCAUUCAUGUAAUCACUGAUUGGCCAAUCAGUGAUCACAUGAACAGUAGUAAACAAGAUGUCACUUCUGACAUC